UGGGUCAUGCGGUGUGCCGGGAGAGCUAAAUCGGCGAGAAGCUACAGGUAGAUCGUACUUUUUCGACUGACGUCACUCCCAGGGAUGGGCUUGUCACGUGGUUAAAGUCUGCGCUAUCUUGUGGAAAACAACCUCUGAGCUUUAAGGGAAAAAACUGGGAGAAAAACUACUGGAGAUAACAAGCUAAUUUAGCAGGGGCAAAGGUGAUUCCUGGAUGUAUGUAUGAUCUGUAUGUCCAGACAAGGUUUGCACUCUGACCUGCAAGCCAAUGGCUCAUCUCUUUCCCCAUGACCUCUGGAGGAGGUCCCUGCGGCCGCACUGAGCGUGUCCGUCAUGAACCCCAUUACGACCAGGUCCCGCCAGGCUCCCUACGCCGAAACGACCCCUUUGACCUUCAACCCCUGAGGUACCAGCGGAGCACCGAACUAGCCCUGAGCUCUGAUCCCCUUCCGCCCCCUCCCCUGCCCGACCAGCCCCCUGUGGGGCCCGAGUAUGACCCCAGCGUCAGUGAGGACAACCCAGACCCUGACCCAGAUCCACACCUCGAACUAGACCCUGCACUCGACAUCAAACCGGUCCACCGUUUCAUCCCUGACUCGUGGAAGAGCUUCUUCCGAGGGACCAGUCUCCGCAGCAGCAAGCCCUGCCCCAUGCCUGCCUCCUCCUCCUCCUCUAACAACAACAACAGCACCAGUGGCGGGGUGCGCUGCUCGCCCCCACACUCGCCCUCCCUGCCCAGAUCCUACCGGGACCCCUAUGGGGGGUCGGGGGGAAGCAGCUACAACUCCCGCAAGGAGCUCCUGGGAGUGGGUGACCACCAAGAGUCAAUUUCGGGACGCACACUCCACACGGCGCUCACCUACAGCGAGCGGGUGGAAGAGUACCACGAGCGCUACGGCUACAUGAAGUCCUGGGCGGGCCUGCUGAGGAUUCUGGGAUGCGUGGAGCUGCUGCUGGGUGCAGCGGUGUUCGCCUGCGUGUGCGCGUACGUGCACAAGGACAACGAGUGGUUCAACAUGUUUGGCUACUCCUCGCCUGGAAGUGCAUACGGAGGCUACGGAGGUGGGAUGUACGGAGCGGGCACCGGAGGGUCCUACUACUCGGGUCCUCAGACUCCGUUUGUGUUAGUUGUGGCGGGGCUGGCCUGGAUCGUGACUGUGAUAUUGUUGGUGAUAGGGAUGACUAUGUACUACCGCACCAUCCUACUGGAUUCCUCCUGGUGGCCCCUGACAGAGUUUACUAUAAACCUGGCCAUGGCCGUGCUCUACAUGGCUGCAGCUGUAGUCUACGUCAGGGACACCACGCGGGGCGGUCUCUGCUCCCUUCCCAUCUUCAACAAUGGCAUCAACGGGGCUUUUUGCCGCACCGAGGCCGGGCAGACAGCCGCCAUCAUCUUUCUGUUCGUCACCAUGGUGAUCUACCUGAUCGGGGCCAUUGUGUGUCUGAAGUUGUGGCGGCACGAGCAGGCACGCAUGUACCGGGAAAAGUAUGGCCUGGAGAUGCAUACGACAGAUUUCCCUGCGGUGCGGUCUUUGAUGCCGGUUCCAGAGCCAAUUCAGGGGUCUACUGUGGUUCCCAUCCAGGCUGCGGUACCCAAGGCAGGGCCACCGAAGGUUCUACAGGGAGCUAUCCCUUCUGGUCACAUCCCCAAACCAGUCAUCAUGCCUGACUAUAUAGCUAAGUACCCAACCAUCCGUACGGUCGAUGAGCGGGACCAGUACCGGGCUGUGUUCAAUGACCAGUACUCUGAGUACAAGGAGCUCCACGCCGACGUGCAGGCCACCACCAGGAAGUUUGACGAGCUGGACGCCAUGAUGCGUGCCCUACCCCAGCACCCCAACAGUCAGAUGGAGUAUGACCGCGUGAACAAAAUCCUUCAGGAGUACCAGAGGAAGAAAAAUGAUCCUACGUUCCAGGAGAAGAGGGAGCGCUGUGAAUACCUGAAGAACAAACUGGCCCACAUUAAACAGAAGAUCCACGAGUACGACAAGGUCAUGGAGUGGAACGAUGGCUACGGGGCGGGUCAUAUUUUGACGACGCCACACCUGAACAAGGUGUGGCCUGUUAUUGAGAAUCGGACGGAAUUUCACCAGAAACCACUGGUGUCAGACGCGCUGACUAUUUUCCAACAGAGCUUUAAAGAGAGAGAGACCCUUCGGGCACCUGUGGAUUCAGGAAUGUCUUCCAAACACAACGGGAGUCCGCCUCCCUAUGAGUCAGAUGGAUAUCAUGAGCCACCCCAGCCGGCGUACUCCUACUACCCUGACGAUGAGUUCCAGCACUUCUACAAAUGGACGUCUCCCCCGGGCAUCAUCAAGCUGAUGGCCAUCAUCGUCAUUGUCCUCUGUGUGGCCAUAUUUGCCUGUGUGGCCUCUACGCUGGCCUGGGACAGCCAGGGGGCCAUGUCUGGCUUCGGUGGUUACGGGGGCAGCUCGUAUGGGGGCAGCUCGUACGGAGGCGGUGGUUACUCCGGUAGCUUUGGUGGUGCUGCCUAUGGUGCCGGUAACAACUAUGGCUACGGCGGACUCGGAGGGAACUACAAUGACCCUCGCACUGGCAAAGGAUUCAUCAUUGCCAUGGCAGCAUUCAGCUUCAUCACGGCCCUUGUCAUUUUCAUCAUCGUGGUGUCGAGGCAUGGCCUGUCGGAGUCUAGAAGGUUCUACCUAGCUGUGGUGAUCAUCUGUGCUAUCCUGGCCCUGCUGAUGCUCAUAGCGACUAUAGUGUACCUGGUGGCGGUGAACCCCAUGGCUCAAUCUACAGGGUCGAUCUAUGGGAACCAGCUGGCAGGCCUGUGUGCCCAGUACCAGGUCCCCCAGGUUUCAGGAAUGUUGGUCAACCAGUAUCUCUACCAUUACUGUGUGGUGGAGCCUCAGGAGGCCAUAGCGAUAGUGUUUGGCUUCCUGGUGAUGGCGGCUCUGAUCAUCAUGAUGGUGUUUGCCUUAAAGACGCGCCAGAAAAUCAGGAAUUAUGGCAAGUCCAACGUCCUGUGGAGGAAGGUGAAGAUCAUCAACGAGGAGGCCCCGCCCCAGGACGUGGAGGCAUGGGUGAACAAUGUGUCAGGUUUUCCUGAUGAAGGUGUGGUGCUGACCGACUACCCAGAGAAGUUUGGAGGAUCCAGGAGUCACCUGGACGACACCAGCACCAACUACGACAAACCUCCCUACAAUGACAGCCCAGCUCCUCCAGUAGUUUGUGACUUCCCUGUGCACAGUAGCGCCCCCUACAGCAGUGGCUCAGAGAUGGCCAGCUCAGCAGCAGGGAAGCCCAAGAAGAGACGGGCCGGUCGUCCUCGCCGUACUGAUGGACAGGAUACAGACUACGCUUCCUCUGGGGACGAGCUGGACGACGACAAUGACUUCGACAGUGAGUUCCCCACCAUUGCCAAUGAGCAGGAACGUGUGGACUACAAGCGUGAGUUUGACCGGGAUCACCAGGAGUACAAGGACCUGCAGGGAGAGCUGGACAUCAUCAACAAGAGCCUGUCAGAGGUGGACAGAGAGCUGGAUGAGCUGCAGGAGGGAAGCCCCCAGUUCCUGGAUGCUAUGGAAAAGUACAACAGGCUAAAGGACAUAAAGAAGUCAGCAGAUUACCAGUUGAAGAAGCGCAGGAGUAAAUACCUGAAGGCCAAACUGUCCCACAUCAAGAGGAUGGUCGCUGACUACGAUCGCAGGGCCUGAACUUCCUGUCACCUGACGUCAGCCAGGAUACUUCUUCCGGUUCAGAGUUGAUGCCAGAUGUAACACUGGUGGUUUGAGUCAGAUUCUACUUAUUUCUUUGGCUCUGCUCUAGUAACACUAGCAUAUCACAUAUCACAGAAUUAAGCAAUGUAUUGAGCAUUUAUUCUAAGUGGUAUGCUUGUGUAGAUAUAAGAACGUAACCUUUGUAAUUAGGUUUGUGGUUGCCGUAUACUGAGCAUCUUCACUGAGAAGGAUCUCCACUGUGAUUGGAUGGAUGUGCUAGGGAUCAGCCAAUCCACAGUAUACUACAAAGCUGUUAAAAAUGAAGUUCUCGCACAUACUUCCCGAGACAAUGGCUGUAGAAAUAUGUGUGGGUUUUGUGACAUUUUUUGUUUUUUAAAUGGGUAAAUUGAAUGUGCAGAAAUAAUAUAUUUAUAUGACUGCAUUAAGUUAUUAGUGUUCAAAGGCUUGUGUUAACUCUUGUUUCGUAUAAUGAAUGGUACUUAGUGCAGUUUAUCCUCUGUCUGUUGCUAAUGUUGGGAUGGGACAAAAUGACAACCUCAAACUGUGAUGUUGUGAGACUGAUUUCACUCUGAUACAUUAGAUGUUUUUACAGCUUCCUCUUUUAGAUAAGAUGUUCACUUUUUAUUCUUUCACUUUCUAUUUUCUCUUAACCUCAUUGUCAGGUUUUGAUACUUGUACUUAUGAAAGGUUUGCCAUUUGUAAAUAUGUGAAUAUACUUGUGGUCUCUUUAUGUACUGAUGCGUUGUACCCUCUCCUGUAAUUGUUUUGUCAGUUGCUAAAGACUUUGAAACUGUUAUACUUUGUAAAUCAUUAUGCAUUUGAUUCAUGUUCUGUUUACUUUUUUGACCUAAAUGGAAUAUAUUCAAGGUCACCUUUUUAAAACUGAUAAUUCAAUUAAGAUUUGCAUAACAGUUGAAAUCAACCUGAUCAAUUUUGUUCUAUAUGGUCUCUUAAAGCCAUUCUCAGGUUUUUCAAUGUGUGAAUAUACUGUUAUAUACUUAGUUAUAUUAUAUUGAUGUAAUAUGGUCUGCUCUCUUUUGUCAGUUGCUAAAGACUUUGAAACUUUUUUUUAUCAAGAUGCCUUAAGGUCUUUUUAAAUAAAAUAAUUAAACCGCA